UUUUGGAAAAAUUACUUAAAUGUGUCUUAUUAGUUCACUGUUCUGUUUGGAUUCGCGAAAACUUAUUAUCACAUCAACUCGUAGGUAGUAGCAAUACCAGAAACCAAAGUCAGUUCAGUUUAACUUUGCACAAAUCGUCAGUUACAUAAGGUAUUUGAUAAUGAAACAAAUAACACUCCUGGAAAUAAUCAUGAAUCCAGGUUAUAUCUGAAAUAAAUAAAUAAUUGUGACGAAUAUAUCAUAAAUUUCUCCACAUUAUCUCAAUAAAAAAUUCCAAAUCAUAAGGUGCCAUUCGAUAACAUUGUAUUUUAUUGAAUUUACUAUGUUGUGUAUCUAGAGAAGAAAACGAUCGUUCGAUGCAGAAGAAUAUGGUUCAUUAUUUUCUGAAGAAAGAAGUGAAAACGACAUGGAGAAUUUCCACAGAGAAUUCAUGCAGUUAGUGUGUAUAUCCCUCACAUUUGCAAUUAUAGUGGAGAAUACCUCAGCAUUCACGAUACGACGCCAGACCAGAACAAUUUAUGGGUUUCCACUGAGAAUACGAACAAGAAAUUUCAUUGGGAAAUACGGAAAUAAUUUCAUACACAAUAUGAACCGUGUUCCAUUUGCCGAUGCUGUAGGCUCCAUCAAAACCAAACUAGAAGAAUUAGACGACGAAAUUAGUGAUGGUCUACUCGACCUGUUCGAGAACUUCAGAAAAAUGGAAAGGACUGUUUGGGGUAGAUGAUCCAUCGAUAUUAUUCAAUAUUUCCAUGAUCUCAACCUCAAAAUGCCAACAGAUUAAACUUAAGAUCCCAUCUGAGAUUUCCUGUACAUACUUUAUUUUUUCAAUUAUAAAGAUAGUGUUAGUAUUAUGGUAAAUUU